AUGGCCUUCUCCUGGUACCCCGGCAAACAAGACAUAACCUACACCCACUCCCCCCAACCCCUCGUCCUGCCCACCAAAACAGGACCCAAACGUGCCUUUCCCGAGAUCGUCAAAGACAUCACACCAGAAUGCUACCUCAACCCCUUCCUCUUCAACGGCCACCUCCAAACAGCCUACACCGCAGUGAAAAUGGCCGGUCCCGCAAUCCACUACAAGCGUCGUGUCGUCGAGCAAGAAGAUAAGGAUUUCCCAGGCCACUUCACCAUCGACAUCGUCACAGCGCCACCUCCCAAAUCCAACGCCGAGGCGCAAGAUGGUGGGCUAGAUGACCAAGGCCUUCGUGAGGACCCCAUGGGGGUGGGCCACCACCGCCUCCCGCCACGGACGACGUACUUCACCGACAAGGAAUUUGAGAAUCUCGGUUCUGACGAUACGAAGCCUAUGCUCAUCUCCCUGCAUGGUCUUUCUGGUGGAUCGUAUGAGAACUACCUGCGUCAGGUUCUGGAACCUUUGGUGAAGUCUACGCCCGAAGGCGAGGAAGCUGGGGGUAUUUCGAGCGGGGAGUGGGAGGCGUUGGUAGUGAACAGUCGAGGCUGCGCGGGCUCGAAGAUUACCACUUCGAUGCUGUAUAAUGCGCGCGCGACGUGGGAUGUGAGGCAAGUAGUGAAGUGGGUGAGGAAGACGUGGCCGAACAGGAAGGUGUAUGGGAUUGGAUAUUCGCUGGGGGCGAACAUUUUGACGAAUUAUCUUGGCGAGGAAGGAGAUAAAUGCCUCCUCUCCGCCGCUGUGAUCGUCUCCAACCCUUGGAAGCUUGAAGCGGGAUCUUUAUCACUUCAACGCUCGUACAUUGGUCUUGAAGUGUACAGCAAAACUAUGGGCAAGUCGAUGCUAGCACUCUUCGACACUCAUAAAGAGCAGAUCUUGAAAAACAAGAACAUCAGCUACGAAGGCAUGCAUAAGUUGAAGUACCUGCACGAAUUUGAUCGAGCGGUGCAGUGCGCGACUUGGGGCUACCCAACAGAAGGCGCAUACUACCGCGAUGCCAGCAGUGCAGACAGUGUAAUGGCGAUCAGGAUCCCAACGCUCUGCGUGCACGCAAAGGACGAUCCUAUCGCCGUCGACGAGGGUGUGCCCUAUGAGGAAAUCAAGCAGAACCCAUACGUCGUCAUGCUGGCGACUAGUGGCGGAGGACAUCUGAGCUGGUUCCAGCUUGGUGGUGCGAGAUGGCAUUCGAAGCCCAUUGUUGGCUUUUUCAACGCUAUGGCGCGGGAAGUCGAUUUCGACCAGGUUGAGAAGCCAGAGCUUGCUGCACAAGGUCCGCAUGGUGGGAUUCAGACUCCGUUCGCGUUCAACCCUGUGCGGAGAUCGCUGCAUAUCGCCGAUAGUCCAUACUCAUAG